CCGGAUAUUUUAAUUACUCUGAGGAAAUUCGCGGUUUAACCGGCAAAGAAUACAAUUUAUUAGACACCAAAAACCCGAAUGGUCAAAACAUUUACGCUACGAAUGAUGCAGUCUACGUCGAUCCAGAUGACCCAGGUCAUGGAAUUCCCGAUGUAUACGAGCAAAUCACUGGCAUACAAGGAGGAGAUCCCAGAACUCCAAUUACCGGUGUUCCACCAAUGUCCGGUUUCCUACAAAGUUUUGCACGAACCGCGAAUAUUAACAAGACUGAUGUCGCAAGAUUGAAACAUGUUAUGAACGCAUUCAAGCCGACUGAUUUGCCGGUCACAUAUGAGCUGGCAAAGAAUUUCGCGCUGUUUGACGGAUGGUAUGCGAGCGUUCCUGGUCCAACUACUCCAAAUCGAUUGUAUAUUCACACAGCAACUUCCAAUGGAGAAUAUGCGACUACUUUUCAAGGCAUCAUAGACGGAUUUAAUCAGAGAUCAAUUUUUGAUAAUCUUGACGAGAGACUUCGAACAGAAUCAGGAUUUUCGAAGAUGAGAAAAUUGAACGAAUUCUUUGCGGAUGCUAAAGCUGGAACGCUACCACAAUACAGUGUUGUUGACCCUUUUUAUACAGGAUUGCCUUGCUUCGUUCCUGUAGAACCUAAUGACGAGCAUCCACCUUCCAGCGUUGCAAACGGAGAACAAUUUAUUAAAAGAAUUUACGAAGCGUUGCGUGCCUCACCUCAAUGGAACAAUUCAUUACUUAUAAUCACUUACGAUGAACAUGGUAGCAUUGAGUUGUAG